AUGUCAAGCUUCGAGCCAAAUGCCGUGAUCCGCGGCUUCCAGCUCACAGUGGUAGGCACUGUUCGUGCAUUAGCGAACCCUGAAUUAUUCAAGUACGACCAUUUCCGCCAAGCAGCUCUCGCAAUAGCCAUAGGCAUCGUGAUCCAAUUGAUCAUCCAAAUUCCAAUUAUUAGCGUUAAAUUCUCCAUCUACAUCUUAUCAUGGGUGAUCAACAUGGAGCAAGCUGUCUGGGAUGACAAGCUUCUCAAUGGAUUGGAAUUCAUGUCCAAGUCUGUCCUUCAGGUGCCAUUUUUGCUCAUGACCCUGAUGCGAUAUGUGACACCCACACUGGAUGAAAUCUUCAUGCAGUCAAUUCAAUGGGUGGACACCACAUACGUCCAGAAACAUAAAUCCGAAGAUCCUCAUCACCUCCGCUCUCUAUACUACCCCAAUCUUGUUCAGUACUCCGCCAAAGGCGGCUCCAGCGUCUCUCGGCCAAUUCCCCAAGCAUUGAAGUCAUUCUUCAAUCGCUAUGCAAAGAAGAUUGGUAUGAUGCUUGGUAUCUAUCUUCUCUCAAUGGUUGUUGUCAUCGGUCGGUUCGUCAUGCCAGCAGCGAGUUUCUACACAUUCCGAAGCCAUGUCGGCUCCAACCCCGCGGCCGUCAUUUUUGGAGUAGGUUUGAUUCUGCCGAAGACCUACAUUGUCACAUUUCUCCACACCUACUUUGCUUCGCGCAGCCUGAUGCGUGAACUUCUUGAACCCUACUUUUGGCGCAUUAAGUUCACUCCUGAGCAAAAGCGUCAGUGGUUCCGCGACCGUGAAGGUGUUCUCUUCGGCUUUGCCUUCGCGUUCACGGUUCUUCUGCGCAUUCCAUACAUUGGCGUGUUGAUGUACGGCGUUGCUGAGGCAUCUACAGCAUACCUUGUCACUAAGAUCACCGACCCGCCCCCACCUCCUGCUGAAAGUACAAACUUCGCAGAAAGCCAGGUUACCUGGAAGAACAAACAUGAUUUCUUGCGCUUGUCUCUUGAUAAUCUUGACAAGCUCAAUGUCGAGCACGAUCAGAAGGAACCGGCCUCUCCCGGAAAGAAGUUUACUUGA